UGUACGACCUCCACCGAGAGCCUGGACUCGCUGAACGGGGAACCGCGGGCGCGUAACGAGAAGGAGCUGCUGCAGGUCCUCAACGACCGCUUCGCCGGUUAUAUCGAGCGGGUGCGGGCGCUGGAGCAGCAGAAUCGGGCGCUGGCGGCAGAGGCGGCGGCGCUGCGGCAGCAGCAGGCAGGGCGCUCGGCCAUGGGCGAGCUGUACGCCCGGGAGCUGCGCGACAUGCGGGGGGCCCUGGUGCGCCUGGGGGCCGAGAAGGGGCAGCUGCGUCUGGAGAGGGCCCGCCUGGCAGAGGACGUGGCCGCGCUGCGGGGCAGGCUGGAGGAGGAGGCGCGGCAGCGCGCCGAGCUGGAGGCUGCG